CAAUGAGUGGAAACGAGCACGACUGGCUGGCUCUCAAACCCCAGGAACCUUCUCCAUCCCAGUGCUGCGGCAGCGGCUGCAAACCCUGCAUCUAUGAUGUGUAUGAGAAGGAGCUUGCACAAUGGGAGCGGGCCAAAGCAAAGCAAGACAAAAGCCUCCUCAUGGAAAAGAAAGAGCAGAGCAGUAAUUCAGAACUGAAUCCAGAUACAUUUACUGGAUUCAACAUCAUCUCGGUGGAGCAGCUAACAGAGGACACCUACCAGUACAAAUUUGAAUUACCGGGAAAUAGCAGUCUGCAAUUGAGUUUAGGACAACAUAUUGUGUUAAGAGGAGUGGUGAAUGGUUUGGAGGUCCAGCGAGCCUAUACUCCGAUUAGCCCAGGGAAUGCAGAAGGGUACUUUGAAGUUUUAAUGAAAUGCUAUGAAACUGGGCUAAUGUCACAAUACAUAAAAACGUGGAAAAAAGGAGACAUGGUCUUUUGGCGUGGGCCGUUUGGAGGGUUCCCAUAUCAACCUAAUAAGCAUGGAGAACUCCUCAUGCUGGCGUCUGGUACCGGCCUCGCACCAAUGCUUCCCAUCCUCCAAUCCAUAACAGAUGAUGAAGAGGAUGAAACCUUUGUAACUCUUGUUGGCUGCUUCUGUACCUUUGACAAAAUUUAUUUGAAACCUCUUCUGAAGGAUCUGGCUGGAUACUGGAACAUCAGAAUAUUUUACAUCCUAAGCCAGGAAACUUCACUGGAAAAACUUCCUUGGAGCUAUCAGGAAAAUACGUACACUGGUCGUCUCAAUGAAGACUUGAUGAAGACAAUAGUAAAUUCCUGUCGAAGAAGGCCGUUCGUAUUAAUCUGUGGCUCUUCUGCAUUCAAUGAAGAUAUGAGUAGAUACUUGAAAGCUGCAGGAAUCGAAGAAAAUUCCUGUUUUGUCUUUUAGCAGGAUAUUUCUGAUUUGAGGAAACUUACACCAAGCCUUGGACGUCCUUGUUUCUCUGCAGAUGUUGCUUGAAAUCGGUCAUCUCAGUAGACUGAGUUCCUUGUGCAUAUACUUUCGUAGGCCUUUGGGUCAAGUAUAUGUCUCCAGUAUGA